CAUGCGAAACGGAUGGUAAGAUUAAUUUAAAUGAAAUAUAUCGUUAAAUUCAGUUGUUGUUAAUAUAUCUUUUUUCAUUAUAGGCUGCGUCUCUUGGACGUGAGCCGAGCCCGAUGGAGCUGUUUGUGGAGACGCACGUGCGGAGUCAAGACCGCCAGAAGGGGGCGCAACAGUUCGUUGAUAACCGUGCUCAGCAUUUCGUGGAGACCUAUAAUAAUCGGUUGAGGGAGAGAUACGGGGACGAUACUUUGACCCAUCCGGAAUUCGAUCCGGAUUUGUGGAUGGAGGUUGGCUCGUCAGGUGGACCAGAUAAAAAUCGGGUUUACGGGCUCUCCAACACUACGGCCGACAACUUGCGGUCGACCCGUAGUGUUUCAACCGUUGGGAGCUCCCAAUCAAUAGCGAGCUCCCAAUCUAAGGAGUUCGUGGCUUUGCAGCAACUCAACGAGAAAUACGACAACCUACAAGCGGAGUACACACAACUCAAAGCGUCUCAUGGAAAUACAACGGAGAUUCAGAACUUCAAUUGGAGCAAUGAAGUAAGUGGUGGAAGAUGUAUGCCAAGUGCUGCUCUUAUUGAUCUUGAACCUGGUCCAUGGAUUCAGUCAGAUCUGGUCCUCAACUUUGUUUUCUGCCAAUCUGCUACAAGGUUUCUUGUACAAUCCUAG